GUACAUCUUAGCGUCAGUAUGCUGUACAUUUAGUACUGGUAUAAUUAUUACAGUACAGAUACUUAGUGUACUGUAAUCUAUUCGUAACUUCAGAAUGGAGAGAUUACAACACGGAUUUUUACUUAUGUUCUUACUGAGUAACAUGGGGGCAAGCUUGGCAGAUGGCGGCCAACAAAAUCCAACAGCAGACAACGCGACUUCUUCCGCCACGACAUAUCCUUUGCGAACGGACUUACUGACUGUUGAGGAAUGCAAUCUCUAUUGGCAAUAUGGGAUGGAAAAAUCCAUGUGUAUGAUGGUCUUUAGCAGCAUCUUUUGUGUCGUGGAUGACGAACAUCCUCGCCAGGAUCUGAUGCUAAACACGUACUUGGACGUAUCUUGUGUAUGGAAGCGGCAUGCACUCGUGGCCAAGACCACGAAGCGCGUGCGGGAAAUCAGCCCACAGCGUGCCGUGUUGCUGAAUCUGUUCCAGUACCUUGAAAGCGAAGAUCCACUUACGACUGAUGUAGUCGAUCCCGUUCGCAAUCAAAUGAUACACCUGGGUGUUUUCGAUUGUCAAGCGCCGAAUGCUACCGCCCAAGUGUACGAACUGGGUAAUUUUCCCAAUCUGUACGAUUUUGAAAUGAAUAGUUGCACUAACUUAACGAUACGGAAGAAAGAUUUCAGCCGGAUGCCGCAACUAAGGAUGGUUACCUUCUACAUAACCUCCAUCAGUGCGCUAGAACCGGGCACCUUUACGGAUAUGCCACACUUAGGCAGCUUGAUACUGGAGAGAGAUUUUAUCACGGCGUUAUGGAAUAUAGGUAAUCCCGAAAGCGCUUACAGUAAAUUUGCCACCGACGAAUAUCUCGACUAUCUGUACAAUCUACACUGCGGCUGCUCGUUUGCCUGGUUGCGCAACUUCUUGGAGCAGAAACCCUUCCUCAUAGAAGAGAAGAAUGAAGGCGAAGUGUUCAUAAUUGGAAACUAUUUAUCACAAGCCGUGCAAUUUCAUAGGAAUCAUACGGAUAUCCUCAGUGUGGAUUGUUCCAAAGAUAUCACAGUAGAAAAUGUUUAUACCGGUCAUAAAUUUUCUUAUAAUGCAUCUUACUGUGAUAGUCAAUUUGCUUGAGUAAUUUUGGAUUUCCUCUUCUAGCUUUGAUUUUAAGUCAGUAUUAUGGCUUAAAAUAAUAUUUAGGAAUGGAUGAUAUGCAAUCGUUUUAGACGUGUUUACUUUUCAGUGCUGCAUUUAGGAU